CCUAUCUCCGAGGCCGGUCCGCGGAGGCGACGGGGUUUCCCGAGGAGGAAUAGCGCCGGUGCAGAAACGCCGUGGAAUCUCUUCCCCCCCAAUUAAUCAAUCGCCGCGGUCUAUCAAUCUUUCAUCACAUCACUUACACCUUCUCUCUCUCUCUCUCUCCUCUCCUCCCACCUGUUCACCACCACCACCACACCACAUCACAUCACAUCAAGGAUACCUCUCAACUCUUUCUAAUUUCUUUUCCUCACACACACACACACACACACAUCAUGUUCCGUCGUCUCGUAACGGUCGCUCCUCGCGCAGGCAGCGUCCUCGCCUCUCCUCGCAUCGUCGCCCCGGCCGUCUCCGGCCUGCAGUCCCAGACCCAGUCCAUCCUGCGCUCAUCUGCUCCCCAGCGGAGGGGAUACCACGAGAAAGAUAUGUCCCCCGAUCCCCUUCUAUUGUUUUUUUAUCAGCGAGGAAAAUACUGACAACAAUGCACUGCUGGACCACUACUCCAACCCACGUAGGUAGCUCCCAACACCAUCACCAUCACCCCAAACGUCAUCACCAGCGAACGGAAAAAACCACCCAACUCGCGCAUCCCACCCCCAUACCCC